GUCAUCAUCUACUCACAAUUUCCUCAACAAAGUCCCCAAUUCAAGUUUUCCGAUAUUAUAUGCCAUGGAAUCUCUCUUCAAUAAUCCCUGGUGCGACUACACUCCCUGCUCACACUAUAGAGAAUUCCCAAUCCAACACCCCCGAUAUCCUCUCAGAAGCAGAGGCGUCCCUAAGGUGGUCUCUAUCCCGGUCCAAUUCGCCGCGCACGAUCGUCGGCGGUACGAGACCGACGCGGCGCUGAAGAUCCAGACGGCCUUUAGAGGGUAUCUGGUGAGGAAAAGCGUGAGCAAGAUUGCCGGGAUCAAACGCGAGGUGGAUGAGAUAUCGGAGAAGAUUUCGAAGAAAGAGACGGCGGAUUUGGUGAGAAAAGACGCCAAGGAGCGGCUGAAGGUGGUGGAGACGCUGAUGAGCUUACUUCUGAAGCUGGAUUCCGUCAAGGGAGUCGACUCCGGGGUUAGGGAUUUACGGAGGGCGGUGAUCAAGAAGGCGAUUGCUCUACAGGAGAAGGUAGAGGCAUCGGCGGCGAUUAAUCAAUCGGCUGUGCCCGAAACUGAUUCGAGUUUGACAUGUUCGGAAGAGAGUGGUGAGACUGGUGUGAAUGAGAGGGAGUUGUCUUGCAAUUCAAGCGAAAGCAAGAAGAAUGAUGAGGAGCUAUUAGAGAAUAUGAAGAAGGAGAAUGAGAGGAUGGUGGGUUUGGUGACUGAGCUGGUUCACCGGAAUGAAAAGCAAACCCGGCUGCUAGGGUUGCUGUCGCAGAGGGUGGAGAUGCUGGAGAGGGCUCUCAUCAACGAGAGACUGAGGACGAAGAAGAAGAGGCAUGCUCUAGAUUGCAGGGAAGAGUUCUUCUAGAUUUUGUGGAUUUUGUGGUUGUUUUUGAAUUUUUGGGCUGAAAUAAUUGGUCACACGUAGCUUGUGUAACAUAUAUCGGAGUUAUUGUUUCCCAUUCUGUUAUAUUAUGUAAAA